CGUCGUAAAUUGCAGAGGGAGCUGUCAGCUCGCGAGUCACGACUCAGUGGACGAAUUCAGGAGCGACUCGCGUCCCAACUCACUCCUUUUCUCUCUUUCCAUUUCCGACCUCUCGCAAGACCUUGCAAUCGGAACCACCAUGCUGGGCAAGCGGCCACGGUCGGUGAUCGGGAAGCUGUCGGAGCUCCUCGUCUCCGGCAGCGCCGGGCUCCUGGAGUCCGCCGCCGCCGCCGCCGCCGCCGCCGCGGCGUCCAGCCCGAGGAGCCCGCUGGACUUCAAGAUUCAGUCGCCGCGGGGACCCAGGAGCUACGAUCUCGGCGGGGUCGGGCUGGGGAUCGUGGCGGCCCUCGAGAAGUCCGCGGACGCCAAGAUCCUGCUGCUCCCCAGGAGCUGCGCCUGCGCCCCGGGCUCGGCCCGACAAGCCGGGCCCGACCCGCCGGGGGCCGGUGGGGACCCGGACGACGACGACGACGACUGCGACAUGGAGGACUACACGUACGUGACGUUUCACGGGCCGGACCAGUCGUUCACGAUGGUGUACUACGGGGAGGGCGAGUGCAGGAAGAGCGGCGGGGAGUCGAUGAGGCGAGCGGGGAGCGUCGGAGGAGAAGGAGAUGGUCCAGUUUUUCCGGCUCUGGACUUCCUCAAUUCUUGUCAGCUGUGCGGGAAGAAGCUCGUCGGCCAGGACGUAUACAUGUACAGAGGCGAGAAAGCAUUUUGCAGCGCCGAGUGCCGGUCGAUGCAGAUCAGGGUGGACGACUGCAAAGAGCAGUGCAGAUCGGAAGCUCCGAGAGUUGCCGUCCGGUCGGGGUCGCCGGAACAGAUCUUCUCGACCAGCAUUCUCGCGAUAUAGCCUACACAUAUAUGAGACUAUAAUCUAGCUUACUCAUGUUAAAGAAACAAAAGAAGGAAAAAAAAAAAAAAAAAGGAAGAUCACCAAACAAAUUUUGCUCGGAUGAGAAUUUUUAGAGGCCUAUCUACGAUGAGCCAUGAGGGCAGGGCGUGUUAUGCAGAGGAGAUGAAUCGGAUGAAGCUGUAUAACUUCUUACGAUCAUAAUAACCAAAAUGGCGGUCUCUUCGUAAUGUUUCCGCUGCAUAUCAUAUCUGUCGAACGAUCCGACGAUGGUAUCGGUUGUGGCGAAAGCCGACGCUCGGGAAAUAGGCCGUUGGUGCCUCGCCUCGCCUCGGCUCCAUGAGAGAUCACUGUGCAGAGAUGCUCUGAAUGGCUAUCGUCUGUGAUCAUGUCGACGAUAUAGAACCCUCAGAAGCAAGUACGACAGUCCUUACCUCCCUCCGAUCCCUCACUCCUCUUCAUGUAGAUCCUCUGCUUCUCAACUUUGAUUAUCUCUACGAAAUAUCUUAUCUUGAUGAAGAUGAGGAAUAGUUCAUAUAUAUUUCUCUUUCA